AUGGCACCUACGGCUCUGCAGCAAGUGAACGGAAUGUCAAGCGUCGUUGAUUGCUUCGCUUUGUUCAUAUGGAGUUCUUCGCAAUUCGAAGUAGCCCUGCCCACCUGUUCACUCCAGCCCACCCCAUCCCCAGCUCCCACUCCACCUGUUCCAGCCCUGUUCCUGUCCCUGUUCCCACCCCCAGUUCCACCUGUUCAAACUCCACUCCACCAGCCCAGUUCCUGUUCCCAGCCUGUUCUCCAGCCUUCCCACUGUCCCCACGCCCUGAAAUUCCCACCAGUUCCUGUUCCCACACCCCACCACCCCAGUUCUGUUCCACCCACCUCAGCUCCCUGUCACUGUCUCCAGCCCACUCCUGUCUCAGUUCCUGUCUGUUCCUGUUCCAGCCCCACUCCCAGCCCCUGUUCUGAGGCUCCCAGCCUCCCAGCCCUGUUCCUCAGCCCCACCCAGUUCCCCACCACCUGUUCCCAAGCCCAGCUGGUUCUGCACCCCUGUUCCCAGGCUCAAACUCCCUGUUCCCACCAGUUCAGCCCCAGUCUCCCACCUCCAGCUCCCAGCCUCCCACUCCCACUCCACGCCAGCCUCCUGACCCCAGCCUCCCACCCCAGCCUCAGCUCCCAGCCUGUUCAGCCCUGCCUCACCUGUGCCCAGCCCAGGCCUCAGCCUCACCCAGCCCAGUUCCAGCUCUCAGCCUCACCUCAGGUUCCUGUUCAGCCCAGUUCUGCACCCCUGUCUCAGCCCCACUCCACCCUGCACUCCACUGUUCCUGUUCCCAGCUCCCCUGUUCCCCACCCACCAGCCCCCCACCCCAGCCCUGUUCUCCAGCCCCACCCCACCUGCCCUGUUCCCACCUGUCACUCUGUUCCUGUUCCCACCCCUGCCCCACUCAGCCCCAGCCCCAGCCUCAGCUCCAGCCCAGCUCUGCACCUGUUCCCCAGCCCAGCCCCCACCCCACCUGUUCACCUCAGUGCACUCAGCUCCCCAGCCCCACCCAGCUCAGCCCUCAGCCUCUGUGCCUCAAAUUCACCUCAGCCCCUGUUCCCCAGCCUCCCAGCCUGCCUCAGCCCUGUUCCACCACUCAGCCUCCAGCACCAGCCCUGUUCCCAUCUGAAAUUCCAGCCCUUCAGUUCCCACCUGUUCUGUUCCACCUGUUCCAGUGCCUGUUCCAGUUCCAGCCCUGUUCCAAAUCUGUUCCCCAAAGCCCUGUCUGUUCAAACUGUUCCACCACCACCUGUUCCCACCAGUCUCCUGUUCCAGUCUCCUGUCUGUCUCCAGCCCCACCCCUGUUCACUCCAACCACCACCUGUUCCUGUUCCACCCCAGCCCGUGUUCAACCUGUUCCCCAGCUCCCUGCACCCACCAGCUCCCAGCCCCAGCCUCACCUGUCUCCACUCUCCUGUCUCCCCUGUUCCUGUUCCCCUGUUCCCUGAAAUUCCAGUUCCUCACCCCUGA